AUGAAGAAGUAUUUUACCCCAAUAUCGAAAUCAAGUUUAGCCUCUCAUAGUCAUAGUCAAUCUAACCAAGAAGAAAAUGUCAAUCAUUCUGAAGUACCAUCACAUUCUUCUCAAGAAUUUGAUUUGAGUACUUUAAAGUUUGAUCCCGGUGAAAGAACUCCAAUAUUGAAUUAUCAUCCAAAUCAUCGUGAUGUUAUUAGAAGGGCAUACCUUGUGAAUGGUCCUUGUCAACCUCGCUUGGAGGUGCAUGAGUACCCUCAAACAAAUAUUUCUGGAGCAAUGCGUCGUUUUAAUCAUGAAUGGUUUGAUAAUGUAUAUCAUGAUUGGUUGGAGUACAGUGUUAGUAAAGAUGCAGCCUAUUGUUUGUAUUGCUAUCUAUUUAAAGAUCACAAUAUUAAUCAAGGUGGAGGCGAAGUAUUUUCAUGUACAGGAUUUAAGAAUUGGAAUAAAAAGAGUGGUCUUGACAAGUAUAUUGGUCUGCAGAAUAGCCCACAUAAUCGAUCAAAAAAGAAAUGUCAGGAUUUACUACGGCAACAACAGUCGAUUCAAUUUGCAUUUGAGAGACAAUCUAAUCAAAUUAAACAUGGAUAUUAUAUCCGCUUAAGUGUUUCGGUUGAUGUAGUAAGAUUUCUCAUAACUCAAGGACUUGCAUUUCGAGGUCAUGAUAAAUCUAAAUCAUUACUUAGUAGGGGUAAUUUUCUUCAGAUUCUCUCAUGGUAUGCAAAAAGAUGUGAUAAAAUUCGUGAUUAUGUACUUGAACAUGCCCCUCAAAAUGAUCAAAUGACUUCUCCAAUAAUUCAAAAAGAUAUUGUGACUGCAUGCAAGAUAGAAACAGUUAAAGCUAUUCUCGAGGAACUAAAUGGUGACUACUUUGCCUUACUAGUUGAUGAAUCUUUUGAUAUUUCACGCAAGGAGAAAAUGGCUAUUGUAUUACGAUAUGUUGAUAGAAUGGGAUUUGUGAUGCGUAUAGAUGAUUUACGAGAUUCUCAAAAAGCAGCAAUUCAAGAUGCAUUAGAUAUGGGUGAAUUGACAACCGGUAGGGGCUUGAAUCAACAACUUGGUCUUUCAAGAGCUUGUGAUACUCGUUGGGGAUCUCAUUAUAAAUUCUUUAACAAUUUUAUUCUUAUGUUUGGCUCUAUUGUUGAAGUUCUUGAAUCACUUGCUCUUGAUGCACGAAGUAUGGAUGAAAGAGCCAAGGCAAUGGGACAUCUUGAAUCUUGUCAAACAUUUGAGGUUGCGUUCAUGUUGCAUUUGAUGAGAGUUGUAUUAGCAAUCACAAAUGAGCUCAAUAAAUGCUUACAAAGAAAGGAGCAAGAUGUUGCAAAUGACAUGCUACUUGUAGAAGUAGCAAAGAAAAGGUUGCAAGUUUUAAGGGAUGAUGAAUGA